UCCCUUGCUUGCAAAUUGGUGUUUAUUCUAGCUUAAGUCUCUUUUGAUUCUGUUCUUCUGACACGUAAGCGUCUCCUGAGGACAUCAUUACUGCCACAGUAGCAUGUCUAAUGACGCGUAUCAGCCAAUCACAUCCCUCCAACUGGAACUCAUGCUUCUUAACUGGCUAUUCUGGUUUCCAAACUUGCCAAACAUUAGCCUCAUUUUGAUCAUUAUUCAGCGUCUUGUUCACUGGCCCCCACCGGUAAUCUGGCUUUCUCGGGCUCAUCAUCGCGCAAAAUUUCUCUUCGGUCAUUCGUUUUCUUGCGCUCUCGCGGCGGAUUUUUGCUUCCUGAGGAACAGCGCGCAAAUUUCCCUGCAAAAUGUUUCUUAUUGAUUGGUUCUAUGGGAUUCUAGCAUCACUGGGUCUCUGCCAAAAGGAGGCGAAGAUCCUGUUUCUCGGGCUAGAUAAUGCUGGGAAGACUACCUUACUUCACAUGCUGAAGGACGAGAGAUUAGUCCAGCAUCAACCUACUCAGUAUCCGACUUCGGAGGAGCUGAGUAUCGGGAAGAUAAAAUUUAAGGCCUUUGACUUGGGUGGGCACCAAAUUGCACGUAGAGUCUGGAAGGACUAUUACGCUCAGGUGGAUGCUGUAGUCUACCUCGUUGAUGCAUUUGAUAAGGAGAGAUUUGCAGAAUCAAAGAGGGAGCUAGAUGCUCUUCUUUCUGAUGAGUCUCUAGCAAAUGUGCCUUUCCUCAUCUUGGGAAACAAGAUUGACUUACCUUAUGCUGCCUCUGAAGAUGAGCUGCGGUAUCCUAUGGGCCUCACUAACUUCACUACGGGCAAGGGCAAGGUCAAUCUGGCUGACUCUAAUGUCCGUCCUCUAGAAGUGUUCAUGUGCAGUAUUGUCCGCAAGAUGGGAUAUGGCGAAGGCUUCAGGUGGCUCUCUCAGUACAUAAAAUGAGGCGGGUGAGUAGACAUUUAAGUGCGCUCGUAGCUUCGGAUUAUCAUCGUGCUGAUGAUGCACUCACAUUAGUAUUGUAAUUUUCAGAUGUGGCUGCCCAUGUAAAUUGGAUUCUUAAUUGUAGCUAUAUGGGCUUUCGGGCAGGGUCAAUGUGCUUGUGUGUCUGUACUGGUUUUACUAAAAUUACAGAAUUAAUAGUGUUGUGUGGUUUUUUUUUUUGGAUAGGAGGGUGUGAUUUUAAUGUUUCUGAGAUGGCUUCAUGGGUUAUUGGGAAUUUGGGAGGUGACUUCCGUGUUUCAAAAUUAGAUCUGUGUAUAGCUGUUCAAUUUGUAUUCGGAAAGUAAAAAAGUUUACAUUGCUUUUCCGCCUUAGGUUAUAAUAAUUUUGACAGCUUUCUUUCCCUAUUUCCACAAUAGCAUUUCACUCUCAAGAUUGAAAAUCGUCCCAAUGGUUAGCGGCAUUUACGCUAGCUAUGGGAGAGAUUCAAUUCAAGUUUCGAUUUUGCUGUUAA